CCUACUUUUUUUUUUAAAGAAAUUUUACUUUACUUUUGUUUUUGGUGGGGGGUCACACGGGGUGAUGUUCAGGGGUUCCUCCUGGCUCUGCACUUAGGAAUUACUCCUGCCCAUAUUUGGGGGACGCUAUGGGGUGCUGGGGAAUGAACCCGGAUUGGCUGUGUGCAAGGCAAAUGCUCUCCCCGCUGUGCUAUGGCUCCGGCCCCUGGCCCCUGCUUUUAUAAAUGUAAUCCAUGACAUUGGCACAGAUUCAGAAAGGUCUGAGGGAGAAUUCAGGCUCCCCCACAGACCUGCAUUCCGGCUCUCAGGAUGGCACCCUGGGGUUGGGAGGACCCCUUCUCCGGCUCCUCCCCGCUGCCUUUGUCUGUGCAGCACUGGGAAUGACACCUGGGAGCAUUGUCAACAUUCUGGGAGACCCCUGGGAGCACUGUCAGCUUCCUGGGGCCACUGUCCUGGGAGCACUGUCAGCUUCCUGGGAGACCCCUGGGAGCACUGUCCUGGGAGACCCCUGGGAGCACUGUAUGCUUCCUGUGUGUCAUAGGUUUUUGAGGAGCAGCAGUGCUGAGAGCAUCAGCUCUGGUUGGGACUUUACCCCCGAAGCCCCCCCUCUAGACACAAGUCACUACGGGCCAGUCCUGCGCGCUGGUCGGGAUGCCUGUGAUGAUCCCGCAGGCCAGGUGACCCCCCCGCCCGCCUCCCGAGGUCCCCCCACACCCCUCUCGGCCCUGCGCUCCCACCACAAGGUCAGGAUGGACAGGACAGACGGAGGACAGGGUGACUGGCUGCAGGGGCUCCUGAGGGAGCUGUGGCCGCUGGCCUCUGUGGGCGCCUCGGGGGUCUCAGCUCUCGUGGUGUCGAGGGGGAGCCCCCGUAUCUGCGGUCUGAGUGGAGGAGGCGUUUCCCAGCCUCCUGCUUGGCCGCCCCGGGGGGCUGGCGUUCAGUGGGAACCUGCCGGUCUGGGUGCCCGUCCCGCCCCGCCCUGCCCGCCGGGGGUCCUUCUCUGGGAAGGAGGCGGGGAGACAUCAGAUAAGGCUGGCUGAGAGCAUCCCGGGCUCCAGUCAAUGACAGAGGCGCUUCCUUAUUAGUAGCUUGUCCCCAGGAACGGGGGCGGGGGGGAGGGGGGCCCCCCGGCCUGUGACUUCACGUGCCACCUUGGCCCAGGGCUGCGGGGUGCGCACUGGCCUCGCACUCACCUCCCAGAGGCCGCGGCUGGCAGGCCCAUGGCCGGGGACCCGCGGGCGCCCCCCUGUCCCCCAGGCUGUCACCUUGCCGGGCCUUCUCCUCUCCAGGCUCUGAAAAGAGAAGUUCCCCCCAGGGGUCGGCCGCGCCCCUUCCUGUCCCCGCCCCGCCGGCCGCCCCAGGCCGGUGCUAGUGGCAGCCCCAGAACCAGGACCGCGGGGUGCUGGUGAGGCCUGGCCCGGGCGGCCCGCCGUGUGACCCUGAGCCCCCCAGGCCUCCAUCCGCCUGCCCACGCUUGCCUGCGCCACCUCGCUGCCUUGCCCGCGAGCCCUCUCCUGUCCCCGCCUGCAGUCUCCAGGAUGGUGAGGUGGUUUCACCGCGACCUCAGCGGGCUGGACGCCGAGACGCUGCUCAAAGGCCGGGGCGUCCACGGGAGCUUCCUGGCGCGGCCCAGUCGCAAGAACCAGGGCGACUUCUCCCUCUCGGUCAGGGUGGGCGACCAGGUGACGCACAUUCGGAUCCAGAACUCGGGGGAUUUCUACGACCUGUACGGCGGGGAGAAGUUCGCCACGCUCACCGAGCUGGUGGAGUACUACACGCAGCAGCACGGCGUGCUGCAGGACCGUGAUGGCACCAUCAUCCACCUCAAGUACCCCCUCAACUGCUCGGACCCCACCAGCGAGAGAUGGUACCACGGGCACAUGUCUGGGGGCCAGGCAGAGGCGCUGCUGCAGGCCAAGGGGGAGCCCUGGACGUUUCUGGUGCGCGAGAGUCUCAGCCAGCCUGGGGACUUCGUGCUCUCGGUGCUCAGUGACCAGCCCAAGGCGGGCCCGGGCUCGGCACUCCGGGUCACGCACAUCAAGGUCAUGUGCGAGCAGGGGGGUCGCUACACGGUGGGAGGCACCGAGACCUUCGACAGCCUCACGGACCUGGUGGAGCACUUCAAGAAGGUGGGGAUCGAGGAGGCGUCAGGCACCAUGGUCUACCUGCGCCAGCCCUACUACGCCACUCGGGUGAACGCGGCGGACAUCGAGAACCGGGUCUUGGAGCUGAACAAGAAGGCCGAGAGCGAGGACACGGCCAAGGCCGGCUUCUGGGAGGAGUUUGAGAGUCUGCAGAAACAGGAGGCCAAGAACUUGUACCAGCGCACUGAAGGGCAGCGGCCCGAGAACAAGAGCAAGAACCGCUACAAGAACAUCCUUCCGUUCGACCACAGCCGCGUCAUCCUCCAGGGACGGGACAGCAGCAUCGUGGGUUCCGACUACAUCAAUGCCAAUUACGUCAAGAACCAGCUGCUGGGCCCUGAUGACGACGCCAAGACCUACAUCGCCAGCCAGGGCUGCCUGGACGCCACGGUCAAUGACUUCUGGCAGAUGGUGUGGCAGGAGAACACGCGUGUCAUCGUCAUGACCACCAGAGAGGUGGAGAAAGGCCGGAACAAAUGUGUCCCGUACUGGCCGCAGGUGGGCUCUCAGCGCGUCUACGGCCCCUACGCCGUGACCAACCGAGAGGAGCAGGAGAAAGCCGAGUACAAGCUCCGCCUCUUACAGGUGUCGCCCAAAGAGCACGCGGACCUGACUCGGGACAUCUGGCACUACCAGUACCUGAGCUGGCCGGACCACGGGGUCCCCAGUGAGCCUGGGGGCGUCCUCAGCUUCCUGGACCAGAUCAACCAGCAGCAGGAGAGCCAGCCCCAGGCAGGGCCCAUCAUCGUCCACUGCAGCGCGGGCAUCGGCCGCACGGGCACCAUCAUUGUCAUCGACAUGCUCAUGGAGAGCAUCUCCACCAAGGGGCUGGACUGUGACAUCGACAUCCAGAAGACCAUCCAGAUGGUGCGCGCCCAGCGCUCGGGCAUGGUGCAGACGGAGGCGCAGUACAAGUUCAUCUACGUGGCCAUCGCCCAGUUCAUCGAGACCACCAAGAGGAAGCUGGAGGUCAUCCAGAACCAGAAGGGGCGGGAGUCCGAGUACGGGAACAUCACCUACCCCCCCGCCAUGAAGAACGCCCACGCCAAGGCCACCCGCACCUCCUCCAGACACAAGGAGGAGGUGUACGAGAACCUGCAGAGCAAGAACAAGAAGGAGGAGAAGGUGAAGAAGCAGCGGCCAUCAGCGGACAAGGAGAAGAGCAAGGGCUCCAUGAAGAGGAAGUGAGCAGGGCCAGGGUCUGGCCCGCGUGCCGGAGUCCUGGGCGCCCGCCCGUGUCAUGCUGCGGCUCUGCGCUCCCCCCGGGUGCCCUCCGGACCUCACCUGCUCGGUGACAGCCCCUCACCCCCUUCUCUCGGCAGUCUGGGCUGCAGACGCGGCCGGCGGCGGAUGCCCCGGCCUGAACCCAGUCGAUUGUAAUUUAAAUGGUGUGUCCCUCCCUCUCCCUGACCUGUACAUAACCCCGGGAGGCCCCAGGCUGGGCCCGGC